AUGCCCUGCGAGGUGCCAUGCUCCUCCUCCACGCAUAAUGAGGGCAAGGAGCCCCGGUUUAUAAUGGAUUUUAGCAUGAACAAGGUGGCCAAGUACUUCCGUCUACUGGGCUACGAUACGCUCUGCUCGCGAGAUGUGCCACAGGCCGACCUCAUCCCCACUGCCUGCGCUGAGGGCCGAACACUCGUGACGUGUAGUCGCCCACUUGCACGCAGCGCGCACGCGCACAACCACCGCGUGCGCGCCAUGCGGUAUGGCACCGCAAAGACGAUGGUGGGUACGGCGCGUCACGUUGUAGCGUACGACUCAGAUGGGGAGUCCAUCUACUCAGAGGGCAAUGAGGAGGCUGAUGUCGAGUUGCAGUGCCUCUUUACUCAACAGUGGCGCAGCAGCGAGUUCAAACGUGCUAUGAUUGAACUCAUUCAGCAGGCGGGGCUGACGUACGACCUGAACCGGGUUUUUCGCCGCUGCGUGUCGUGCAACGAGCUUCUUGUCUCAGUGAAGAAGGAGGAGAUGCGCGACCGCGUCGUUGCAAGGAUCUACGAGAUUUACGACGAGUUCACCGAGUGCCCCGCGUGUCGAAAGGUCUUCUGGGGUUUUGAUGGCAGAAAUACCAUCAACUACAAGAGCUUCCGGUCUCUCAACUUACUACGCUCACUGUGUAUCUCUGCUGGGGCUCCAGUGGAGGAGGAGCGCACGCGACUGACUCGGCUCCGCUGCUUCCGCUCUUUUCCUCGCAUUGCAAAGGUGCUAAUCUUUUCCUAUCUGGAGGACUUGGACAUGGAGAACAUGAUUGGCAUGUUCCCGGCGCUCCGAGAUCUUGCAGAGGAAGUGCGGGAGCAUCGCCCGAACAGAGGAGCCUGUCCACAAGGUGCAGCUCAGCAAGCAGUGAGAUGA